AUGAAGUGCGUCAUCGAAAGAAAUGGCGUAAAAGCAUUUGGGAAGGCCCUUCAUGCACUGGCGCGCAUCGGCGAGGAGCUCUGGCUGGACCCGUUGGAGAAAGGACUGGCCGUGAGGUCAGUGAACAUGACCCACUCUGCAUACGGCUGCUUCCUGUUCUCACCGCUGUUCUUCCAGGAGUACAAACCAGGCACGCCCCCGAACUCAGGGGCCAGGAAGUGCAAACUGACCAUGAAGUCUGUGCUGCCGCUUUUCCGUUGCCUAGCUACCAUUGAGCGAAAUGUGGAGAGGUGCAAAAUAUCCAUCAGCAUCCCUGAGUGCAGAGUGAUAUUCCAGUUUUUCUGCAGGCACGGUAUCACCAAAACUCACAACCUGGGUUUCCAGGAGUGUGAGGCACUCCAGGCUGUGUUUCCUGCUCAUCUUUGUCCCAAUGUGCUGAAAGCCCAGGCCAGACUUCUUGGUGACAUCGUGAUGCACUUCCCUGUCUCUCAAGAGGAGGUUACUCUGAGUCUGACUCCUGUGAGGGUCAGUUUGAAGAAUUUCUGUGAGGAGGAAAAGGAUCUCAUGAGGACCGUGCACACAGAGAUGUCCCUUCACCCUGAAGAGUUUGACUAUUUCCAGGUCGGAGUGCACUCAGACAUAACCUUCUGCCUGAAGGAGCUGAGGGGCUUGCUGUCCUUCGCUGAGUCCCACUGCCUGCCUGUGACCAUCCACUUUGGGACACCUGGGAAGCCGGUGUCCUUCUCUGUGGAGGACAUGGUGCUGGAAGCCACCUUUGUGCUGGCCACUCUGGCUGACCCUGAGGAGACGACCCCUCCCCACACCCCAGCCCAGGCCCAGGCCACGCCCGCUGCUACACCAAGUCUGCCCGUGUCCCCUGUUCCUGCUGAGGCCGACAUCCCGCUCCACCCAGGGUGUGCGGGGGAGCUGAUCGCCUCCAGCCAGGGCAGCCCUGUUUUCAAUGGGCCGGCCCACAUGAGAGACCUCCUCAGCCUGCACCAAGUGGGCGGGGUCAGUGAGGAGGGAGAGGUCAGAGGUCAGGGUGAGCCCAGGCUACAGGAACACAUGCACAUGGAGGCUGCCACGCCCACACCUGUCCCCUCAGCCACCUUGAAGUUCCGUUCCCUUCUCUUCGGCGCCCUGUCCAGUCCGCAGCCCACCGGACGGGUCCCGGUGCCGCCCAGUCUGGCGUGUGCCAGCGACACGGAGGAGGAGCCGGGAGAGGACAAGGGCACCCUCUCCCCAAAAACACUGACUGUCACAGAAUGCAGAGAGAUCUGA